AAAAAAAAAAAAAAAAAAAAAAAAAAAAAAAAAAAGCUAUUUGGAAAAAGGUGUAUAAUGGCUUCAUUAGGACGCUGCGCCUUAGUCUUUUCGCUUGGUGCGUUGUGCAAGAAGCCUAUCAAUUGUUUUUCAUCACCAACCUUGUCAAAUAAAGCAUCAUGGCGAUUCAACCCGUCAUUUUUAACGGUAAAGUGCAAAGAAUGAAGAUUCGGGAAUUUUUUCUCUGCCAUUUUUGGUAAUCGAGUGUCUUUAUUUUUGCAUUAUCCCCCUUUCUUUUUCUGUAGACUUUACGUUUGUCCUCCAUUGAAUCAUCAUGGACACUCUGCAAUUGACGAGGUCGUUUACGAACUGGUCGCAUUGGAAGCAGAAGAAAGUUGCGCCUCUCCAUACGGAGUUGAUCAAGACCAACAAGCUGGCAGCGGCCGGUCUGACCAAGAUCAUCACAAAUUUUGAUACUCCCGUCGUCAUUCCUGCGCAUGAAAGCAACGUCUCUUUUACCCACAGUACGGUCAGUAGUGAAUCGCACACAAUCGAUAAUAACAGUAUUAGUCUGGAAGAUGAACCCAAGGAGCGUCCGCCUACACCUCCACCCAAAGAUCGUCCCCAUCAUCCACAGAGGCAUCAUCCGUUACUAUCCCGUCCGUUACCGCCGCUCCCUGCCAACCCUAUCUCUACCUUGCCUCAACGUCAUCAUCCGCUCAGAAGAGCAGUGACCUGUUGGAUCUCCAAAUCUGUUCGCUAUACAAAAAGCUUAACAUCGCAUAAUUUAACGCUCAAACAAUCAGCAUCCAUUCAUCAUCCCCCUCACACAUCACUUCAUCCUCCGCAAAGUCAUUACCAAUCUUUUAGAAAAACCAUUCUAAGCUGCAAAGUGAUGCAGAUCACUAAUUUGACAUCUUCACGAGACUAUUCUUAUGAACUGGACAUCUAUCUUAAUGACGCAAAAACCCAUACGAUCGUUGGCAGCAUGAAGAAAAUUGCCAAAGGUGUCACUGCUGCCACACCGCGGGAAACAGUAGCAUUCACGGUCAAUGAGAAAUUUUGUCUUACGUUUGUGCUGAAGGUUCGAGCACAUUAUUCUUCUGCGUUACGUCGCAUGAAGACAUUAUGGCCAUCAUUAUCUCAGACUAUGGAUUCAGCGUGCUCGAACUGGAGUUAUCAAGUCCGAUCUGGCAAUCGCCCAGAAGAGGUUUUUGCAUCGGAUCAAAUCACCCGUUACAUGCUGUGCAAAGACAUUGAACUUGCCGUUGUGUAUUCCUUUGAGGACAUAUCGCAAAGCGAACGGGAUCGAUCCGACAUGGCGCACUGUGCAGCAGGGGAUUAUUUGACAUUUUAUGUCCAAGGAGCGAGUAUUCCGAUGUGGGUUCGCUAUUGGGUUACGUUGGAUACCACGAAUCACCGACUUUUGCUACGCCGACUAUCCAACGAGCAUAAGGCGCCUGUCCAUGCCAUACCAUUAGCUUCGCUUCGAUCAGUACAUCAGCCGUCCGAUGAAACCGCCGAAGAGAUCUGUCUGGACCGACAACAGGGACUAGUGCUGCGGUUCAAUGUUGAAAAGCAAUCAACAUCAUGUCAUGACAAAGAUGCGUCACUUGGAUAUAUAUAUCUAUUGGCCGACAGCAAGUUAAAUGCCAUUAUUUGGUUGAAUACCUUAAAUAGGGUGUCUACGCCUGAUGAUAUUGGUGGAGAUACGGCCACUGUGCCUUCAUUGUUAUCUCUGGUGAAACCCAACACGUUUUCAUUGGCCAAGUCGUAGAAAAUUUUUCGUAGUUUCCUUUUUUGCCAAAAUAAAAUAAAAUAAAAAAAAAGUGUAAGGGGAACCCAACAGAGAUUUUUUUCCUUUCCUUUUAA